AUGGUGGCCCUGAGCGAUCUGGCGUCGGCGCUGGAGUCCUAUAGGGGUCGCGAUCGCCUGAUCCGAACGCUGGGUUACUGCUGCCAGCUGGUGGGCGGGGUCCUGGUGGAACAAUGUCCUGCCAGGUCAGAAGUGGGGACGCGCCUGUUGGCACUGUCCUCCCAGCUCAGCCACUGCAGGAUGGUCCUGCGACUCUUUGAUGAUGCGGCCAUGUUUGUCUACACUAAGCAGUACGGCCUGGGGGCAGAGGAGGAGGAUGUGUUUGUCCGCUGCGUGUCCAUCCUGAGCAACCUGGCCGACCAGCUCUACUACCCCUGUGAGCAUGUCGCCUGGGCUGCCGACGCCAAGAUCCUCCACGUGGACUCUGCCCGGUGGUGGACACUGAGCACCACCCUCUGGGGCCUCUCCCUGCUCCUGGGGGUUGCUAGGUCUCUGUGGAUGGUCCUGAAACUGAGACACAGGCUGAGGAAACCCCCGGAAGCCUUCACCAGCCGGCUGACCCGGGGCAAGCGGAGGACCGUGGAGACCCAGAUCUGCUCAGAGGUACUGACCCUCCUGAGCAACCUGGCGGACCUGGCCAACGCAGUGCACUGGCUGCCCCCGGGUGUCCUGUGGGCCGGCCGCUUCCCCCAGUGGCUGGUGGGCCUCCUGGGCACCCUCUCGUCGCUCCUCAGCGUGUACCAGGCAGUCCAGGCGGGUGGCCAGGCCAGUGCCACCCCCUGA